AUGGCUGAGCGCCAGCAUGAUUUUUCUGAACGUUUAGAGGAGUUUACUGGCUCCAACUGGGCAUCGUGGUUCGGCCGGCUACAGUUCUUCGAGGCCAACGAUGUGACUCACCCUGUCAAGCAACGAGCACACUUGCUUACACUGUGCGGUGCUCAAAUUUACGACGUGGUUUUUGCGCUGCUUCAACCGAAGACGCCCUACCAAGUGAGCUAUGCCGAGAUCGUGGCCGCACUUCAGGCACACUACGACCCCCGAUCGUCCGAAGUCUACAGUUGUGCGAUGUUCCAAAGGCGAGAUCAGCUUCCAGGCGAGUCGGUAAACGACUACGUGGCCGCUCUACGCAAGUUGGCUACGAGCUGCAAUUUCGGCACGCUGCCGACUGCAACAACAGCUACGGCGACGCCAGCUGAGGGAACGGCAUCAGCAACACAGCAGGGAGCUACGGGCUGUAAUCCAACGCUUCUGCCGUUAGAUGUGAUGUUGCGCGAUCGCUUCGUGUGUCGUCUCCGGGACCAGAAUCUUCAACAGCGACUGUUUGCAGAGAAGGAUCUGACUUUUUGCAAGGCUUAUGAUUUCGCUAUUCGAGCGGAAAGCGCCGUCCAGCAGCAACGACAGAUAAAAGCGGAUCAUGCGGAAGUCAACAAGGCGGCUACGCGCGCCGGCGACAGCACUUCGACGUCCAAGACGCAUUCUCACCAAGCGCAACGCUGCUGGCGUUGCGACGGUUCGCACAGUCCCAAGACGUGUAAGUUCAGCACAACUAUUUGCAAUUACUGCCGGAAACAAGGGCACAUUGCCAAGGCUUGCAUUUCCAGGAAGAAGGCUCAGAAAAAGACUUACCAACGUAGCAUCUCCUUAGAAACUUCACGAACUGCGGAAGUGACUAACGAAACCAAACAUGAGGUUUCAACGUUGCAUGACCUCUGUGCAGUGGCAGACGGAUUCAGCACCCCGAAGUUCACUCUGACGCUUACAGUGCACGGCAGACCUGUGACUUUUGAGGUCGACUCCGGUGCAGCGUGCACCAUGGUUAGCAGAGAGACAUUUCAAACCGUAUGGCGUGCACACCCACCCUCUCUGAGGCAGGACGACAUACAUCUGCGCACCUGGUCGGGUCAGCAACUGCAGGUUGUCGGAACGGCAACAGUAAUGGUUUGUCACAAGAACACAGCUUGCAAGCUGCCACUUCUCGUUGUCGAGGGCACUGGAUGCAGCUUGUUGGGACGCAAUUGGUUUGACAGGCUGGGCAUCGAGCUUCACGGCAUUCACCAGACAACGGAGGAAGGCAGUUUGACCGAGUUGCUACAGAAGCAUGAAGACAUUUUUCGUGAAGACACCACAGGACACACGAGUGCGCCAGUGAAUCUGGAACUGAAGGAAGGGGCAAGCCCCAAGUUUUUGAAGGCACGGCCUGUGCCCUUUGCCAUGCGCGCAUCAACUGAGGCACAGAUUGACAAGUACGUAAAAGACGGUAUUUGGGAGCCAGUCCAACACUCAGACUGGGCUACACCGCUAGUAUGGGUGCGCAAAAAAGAUGGAAGCUUGCGCGCCUGCGGUGACUACCGCUGUACAGUGAAUGAAGCUGCGAAAAAGGCUUCAUACCCCCUGCCCACAACAGACGAAGUGUUUAGCACUUUGAAAGGUGGCCGGGUGUUUAGCACCUUGGACUUGGCUCAAGCUUACACUCAACUUCAUGUGACUCCAGCGACAGCACAGAUUCUCACAGUAAACACUACAAAAGGGCUGUACAAGGUAAACAGGCUUCCUUUUGGUGUUUCAGCAGCCCCAGCAAUUUUCCAGCGGUUUAUGGAGACCACUUUGAGCGGCUUGCCGGGAGUUUGUGUUUACCUGGACGAUAUCAUCGUGACUGGAGCAACCGCGCAAGAGCACAAGGACCGCCUAGCGUCAGUUCUCCAGCGGCUGGCUCAGGCAAACCUACGAUUGUGCAAAUCCAAGUGUCAGUUUGGUGUGGCAGAGGUUAAAUUCCUGGGUCACAGGAUUGAUGCAGCAGGGAUUCACACAUCUGAGGAAAAAGUGGAAGCUAUCGUGAAGGCACCAGCGCCCACAAAGCGUCGUGCUACAGUUGCAGCAACCCUGUAUGAACUUCUGGCUAAGGACAAGACUUGGAAAUGGGAGCAAAGGCAUCAAAGGGCGUUUGAUGAGCUCAAACGUUGCUUGUUGUCGAGGACUGUCUUGUCACACUAUGACGAAACCAAGCCCCUCUUGAUUUCGUGUGAUGCUUCACCUUAUGGUGUAGGUGCCGUGCUUGCUCGGCUGGACAGCCAAGGCAGAGAGGCACCGAUUGUGUUUGCAUCCCGGACAUUGGGUGCUGCUGAACGUAACUAUGCACAACUUGACCGUGAAGGUCUUGCUGUAGUCUUUGCAGCCACACACUUCCACAAGUACAUUGUGGGUCGAGAAGUCACGUUCGUGACUGACCACCAGCCGUUACUGGGCAUUCUCGGACCACGGAAGCCGGUGCCAGAAAUGCUUUCGCCCCGAAUGAAAAGGUGGUGCCUUAAACUGUCAGCAUACAACUACAACCUCCAGUAUCGUGCCGGUAGUCGUCAUCAGAAUGCAGAUGCGCUGAGUAGACUGCCUCUGCCAGACCGCAUUGAAGAGCCUAACCCACCUGGAGACGUGCUCAUGUUCGAGGCGUUACCACGACCGCCGUUGACAGCUGAGGUUGUGGCCACACUAACGCAAGAGGAUCCAAUCCUAGCAGAGGUAUUUUCAGCAGUACAGAAUGGCACCGUGCAGCGUCUGCAGGGAGACAGUUUCACCCCAUACCGCAGAAGAGCCACUGAACUUGCUAUCCAUCGAGGAUGCAUCAGCUGGGGCUCAAGAAUUGUCAUACCGGCAGGAGCACGAGAACAGGCCAUUUCAUUAGUUCACGCAGGCCAUCGUGGAAUUGUAGCCAUGAAAGCUUGUGCGCGUAGUUAUCUUUGGUGGCCUGGCUUGGACGCCGAGAUCGAAACAACUGUCAAGUCAUGCGACCAGUGCCAGCGCACCCAGAGCGAUCCAAAAAAGGCUCCAGUUCCAAAUUGGACGCAGCCAACGACACCAUGGCACACAUUGCACGUGGACUUUGCAGGUCCGGUAGAAGGACAUACCUUUUUGGUUGUUGUCGACGCUUUCACCAAGUGGGUGGAGGUGCGAUUGGUGAACAGCCCAGCAUCAACAGCAGUCAUUAGUGUGCUGCGCUCUUUGUUUGCCACAUUUGGCAUACCACGCAAGGUUGUUUCGGACAAUGGGUCUGCAUUUGUGUCUUCCGAGAUACAAGACUUCUACCAGAGAAAUGGCAUUCGAAGCGUAACGUCAGCCCCUUACCAUCCUGCUACAAACGGGCAAGCAGAACGUUAUGUUGGGGAACUGAAGAGGGCACUGGCCAGAGAACCAUCCGGUUCGCUCAGUGCUCGCUUGUCACGUUUCCUGUUUCGGCAGCAUACCACUGUACAUCAGUCAACCGGGCUAACACCGGCUAAAGCCAUGUUCGGGCGGGAGCUGCCAAACCAGUUGGACCUCAUCAUUGCAUCGGAAGGACAGGAGGCUGCACAACCUGACCUACCCAAGAGUCGUCAACUCAUGCAAGGAGAAGCCCUAUGG